AUGACUUAUGACAGGUAUGUUACCAUCUGUAAUCCAUUAAUGUACCCUGUCAUCAUGAACAAUAUACUGUGUAUCCAAUUGGCAGCUGCCUCCUUGAUCAUUGGAAUUCAGGUAACCAUAGGGCUCAUAUACAAGAUUUUCACUUCACCCUUCUCUAAAUCUAAUGAGUUGAAUCACUUUCUCUGUGAUGUAUCCCCACUUGUUCAGCUUUGUUGUGGAGACACUUUCAUGAUUGAGACAUUGAUCUAUGUUUUUGCUACUGUAAUAAUCGCUGUGCCUUUUGGGUUGGUACUUGGAUCUUAUGGGAAAAUAAUCUCCACCAUCAUGAAACUGCCAUCAGCAACUGUGAGAGCCAAGGCGUUCUCGACUUGCUCUUCCCAUCUCAUGGUUGUGACUUUAUUCUUUGGAUCCGGCAUCAUUGUGUACAUGGAACCCACAUCCACUCACUCAUCAGGAAUGGACAAAUACAGUUCCCUUUUAUACUCCAUCUUCAUACCAUUGUUUAAUUCUAUUAUAUAUUGCCCGAGAAACAGGGAUGUUACGGCGGCAAUGGGAAAAUUCCUACAGAAAUGGACUGUGCCUUGA